AUGGAUGAUAGAGGUGGUUCUUUCGUCGCUGUUCGGAGAAUUUCGCAAGGUCUUGAUAGAGGCAACACGUGCCAUUCAACUUCUGCUGAGCUUGUGACGGGAUCAACAGCAUGGCUUGGCCGAGGUUUGUCUUGUGUUUGUGCACAGAGAAGAGAGAGUGAUGCUCGACCGUCUUUUGAAUUAACUCUAUCGCAGGAAGAAUGCCUGCAGAGGCUUCAGAGUCGUAUAGAUGUUCCAUAUGAUAGUUCUAUCCCCGAACACCAGGAAUCCCUAAGGGCUUUAUGGAAUGCCGCAUUUCCUGAAGAAGAGCUCAGGGGCUUGAUUUCAGAGCAGUGGAAAGACAUGGGAUGGCAAGGGAAGGAUCCAUCAACAGAUUUUAGGGGUGGUGGUUACAUUUCAUUAGAGAAUUUGCUGUUUUUUGCCAAAAAUUUCCCGAAAUCUUUUCAAGAUCUCUUACGGAAGCAGGAAGGAGAUCGUUCAGUGUGGGAGUACCCAUUUGCUGUUGCCGGUGUUAACAUUACAUUUAUGCUUAUUCAAAUGCUAGAUCUGGAAGCAGUUAAGCCACGGACACUGGUGGGAGCAACUUUCAUAAAAUUCCUUGCAGAAAAUGAGUCAGCUUUUGAUCUUCUCUAUUGCAUAACAUUCAAGCUGAUGGAUAAUCAAUGGCUUUCAAUGCGCGCGUCAUACAUGGAUUUUAAUACAGUGAUGAAAUCUACACGCCGUCAGCUGGAGAAAGAACUGCUUGAAGACCUUGAACGGCUGGAAGAUGUACCCUCAUACAAACUUCUCACACAAUAG